AUGUCAGACGCUUUGAAAAGAGUUUUUCAACAGGCUAAAGAGAAAAAAAGGCCCGUAUUUGUUGCCUUCCUAACUGCUGGGUACCCCGACCCUGAAGAGACUGUUGAUAUUCUUCUUGGCCUCGAAGAAGGUGGAGCCGACAUAAUUGAAUUCGGCAUACCUUUUACGGAUCCAUUGGCUGAUGGGCCAGUAAUUCAAGAAGCCAAUAAUGUUGCUCUUAAGCAUAAUAUAGAUAUAGAUCAAAGUUUAUCCUUUAUCUCUCAAGCUCGUGCUCGUGGUCUUAAAGCUCCGGUGCUUUUUAUGGGCUAUUAUAAUCCAAUGCUAAUUUAUGGUGAAGAAAAGCUUGUAGAGAAAUGUAAAAAGAAUGAAGUCAAUGGCUUUAUUGUAGUCGAUUUACCACCAGAAGAAUCUGAUAAUUUACGCGGACUUUGUACUCAACAUGGUUUAAGUUAUGUGCCUCUUAUCGCCCCUUCUACCACAGAGACGCGCGUUCAAUAUCUUUCAAGUAUUUCCGACUCUUUUAUUUAUAUCGUAUCAAGAAUGGGAACAACGGGCUUUCGUUCUGAAGUCAAUAAUAAACUGCCUGAUUUGAUUGGCAGAGUUCGCAAAUACACCAAUAUUCCUCUUGCGGUUGGUUUUGGUGUUUCUACUAGAGAACAUUUUCAACUCGUUGCAUCACACGCCGAUGGCGUGGUCAUUGGUACUAAAAUUGUUGAUGUCUUAAAAAAGGCUGAAAAGGGGAAACGCGCUGAAAGCGUAAAAGCAUAUGCUUUAGAAGUAUGUGGCUUAUCAUCUGGACAUAGAGACGAAGUUUACAAUAUGAAUGCGAAUGUGGAUCAAAAUGUUCAAAACGAUUGUGUAAAAGCCAAUAUGAUGAAAGCCGAUAGAAGUGUACCUUAUAUCCUUUCCCCACGGUUCGGUGAUUUUGGAGGUCAAUACGUGCCGGAAGCUUUGUUUGACUGCAUAAUGGAACUUGAAAAAGCAUUCAUAGAAGCCAAAAAUGAUCCUAAUUUUUGGAAAGAGUAUCAAUCUUACUACGAUUAUAUGGGUAGAGAAUCAAAACUACAGUAUGCUAAUAGGUUAACUGAUGAUAUUGGUGGUGCAAGAAUAUGGCUAAAAAGGGAAGACCUGAACCACACAGGUUCACAUAAGAUCAAUAACGCUAUUGGGCAAGUUCUUCUUGCCAAACGUAUUGGAAAAACGAGAAUUAUCGCGGAAACAGGAGCUGGUCAACAUGGCGUAGCAACUGCAACUGCCUGUGCUAAGUUUGGAUUAGAAUGUGUUGUGUAUAUGGGUAGCGAAGAUGUUCGAAGACAGGCAUUAAAUGUGUUCAGAAUGAGAUUGUUAGGAGCAUCUGUCGUAUCCGUAGACUCUGGCAGUAGAACAUUAAAAGAUGCUAUCAAUGAGGCUAUGCGAGAUUGGGUAACUAAUGUUCAAAAUACACAUUACGUUGUUGGAUCAGCAAUAGGGCCACAUCCGUUUCCAACCAUUGUACGAGAAUUUCAAUCAGUGAUUGGCAAAGAGGCACGUGAGCAAAUGUUAAAGAAAGCCGGUAAAUUACCCGAUUUAGUUAUUGCUUGCGUUGGUGGUGGCAGUAAUGCUAUUGGAAUAUUCGCUCCAUUUAUUGAUGAUAAGGACGUUAAGAUGGUUGGGGUUGAAGCUGGUGGUGAUGCAACCUUGUCCGUUGGCACACCAGGUGUGUUACAUGGUACACGUACUUACUUAUUACAAGAUGACAAAGGACAAAUCAACGAGACACAUAGUAUCAGUGCCGGGUUAGAUUAUCCUGGUGUAGGCCCUGAACAUUCUUGGUUAAAGGAGACUGGCCGCGUUGAAUAUGUCGCUGUCACUGACAAAGAAGCUUUAAUUGGAUUUAGAAAGAUAUCAGAGCUAGAGGGUAUCAUUCCAGCCCUUGAAACAAGUCAUGCUAUCUAUCAAACUAUACAACUUGCAUCCAAUAUGCGCAAAGAUCAAGAUAUUUUAUUAUGUGUCAGUGGCCGUGGUGAUAAGGACGUUUCAUCGGUUGCAGAAGCAUUGCCGAAAUAUGGACCUCAGAUCGGAUGGGAUUUGCG